UCUUCGUGCAGUACCUACUUUCUGCAUGCGUUCGAAAUGGUUAUUUCCUUGCGACGUGAUUCAUCAAUAAAAGUGUAAUGUAAGUUAACAUAUACCUAUAUAAAAAUCCCGAGUCGAGGUGUUUGUAGACUCUUCCGAAACGACCUGACUGAUUUUUUACGAAAUUAUAUGUGUAUGUAUAUCCAUAGUAGAUCUGGGAAUCCGACAACAUCUAUUUUUCAUACACUUAAGUCAUAAGAGAAAGGCAGAACAACGUUUGCCGGUACAGCAAGUAUUAUUAUAUUAAUAUGUGAGAAAGUAAUAAAUAAUUAGGUACCUACAUAAAAAUUGGAUCUAAUGAACUCGUUUCACUAAACCAAAAGAAAUGUCUAGAAAAGGAUGUACCUAUAGGUAAUUAAAUCUUUUUAUUUGAACGCUAACAUAAGUAAAACGAUAAUAUACUGAUUAAAAAUUUCAACUUCUUAUCAUUCGCUUACCUACAGUGCAUUCACGUCAACGUUUGUCACGAAAAUGAGUCUAAAAAACAAAGUGGCUAUUGUCACUGGUUCAAGUUCUGGAAUCGGAGCAGCAAUUGCUGAAAAAUUCAGCAAUGAAGGAGCCCACGUAGUUAUGGUUGGAAGAAACGAAAGUAAACUAAGCGCUGUGGCAGCCCGAUGCAAAGACCCUCUUGUUAUCAAAGCAGAACUGGGAAACGAUGAAGACAUUGUAAGAAUAGUCAAAGAGACAAUAAACAAAUACGGUAAAAUAGAUAUCUUAGUUAACAACGCGGGAUCAUCGUUUCCGGGGAGUGUCCUUACAGGGGACUUGUUAAAAUCAUACGAAGAAGUUAUGAAAGUAAAUUUCCGAGCAGUGGUUCAUUUGACGAAGCUAGUGACACCACAUUUGAUUGAAACUAAAGGGAAUAUUAUUAAUAUAUCUAGUAUCGCUGGACAGAAAGCAUCCCCGGGUAUUAUGAUGUACGGUAUUUCGAAAGCUGCUCUAAAUCACUUUGCCCAAGACGUUGCGAUAGAAUUAUCUCCGUAUAAGGUGAGAGUCAAUACCAUAAGCCCUGGGCCGGUAAGAACCGAUAUUUUGGAAAACACUAAUAGCCCUUUCACAUGGGAAGCUUUGCAGAAACAGACUCUUUUGGAUCGUGUAUCUGAACCAGAAGAAAUUGCCGAUCUUACCUUGUUUUUAGCGAGCGAUAAGGCGAAAGGAAUUACUGGUGCUAACUUUGUGUCUGAUAAUGGUAUGAUGUUCAAAGUAUAAUCAAUGUUCGUACUUAUAAUGAUUACGAUAGUAGGAGUAUAAAGUGCAUAUUUUUAUCGGAUUUUUACCCGUGUUUGUUAAUGUUUUAUCGCUAAGGAUGUGAGAUAUUAAAAUUGUUAUGUUACCGAACAAUAAUAAAUUAUUUCAAAUUGUAUGU